AUGAGGAAAAAUGGGUUUCGACGCCCUAUCAACCCUUAUCAAGUAUCUAGCUGAGUCUUCACAUUUCUCUUCACAGCAAUCUUUUAUAUAUUGAUGCUCCCUGCGUUCCAAGUAGAUCAGGCAGUUCUUAUCGGCGCUGCUUUUAGCAUGUUUUUAACCUUAUUUUUAAUGCUAGGAUUUUUAUGUACAUAUUCUGACCCAACAGAUCCUGCAGUCAUCCAAGGCUUACAAGCAAGAAUAAAAUCGUAUAGUUCUAUUCAGGAUUUCAGUCGAUGCUAAAAAGUAUCCAAAAAUUUGUAAACUGUGCAGGACCCAUGUAAGUGCUGGCAGCAAACAUUGCAGAUUUUGCAAUCGCUGUGUAAAUGGAUUUGACCACCAUUGCAAGUGGCUGAAUAAUUGUAUAGAAUAGCAGCAGUAAUGGCUCGAGCUUGAGCUCGCUUUUUCCCUCCGUCCCAGCUGUCUUUUCAAAUUUUAUAUAUUCAAUAUCAACCUUUGAUUUUUGAAAUCUUUUAAAUAUUACCAAAAUUGCUGGAGAGAAAUUAAAUGCCCAUCUAUUACUGUGCUCAAGGUAUAUAGGCAAAAAAAAUUACUCAACUUUCGCAAAACUUAUCAGUGUCCUUGAAAUCAUUUUAAUAAUGAUUGUCGGCACAGGCAGCGGUAUAUUAGCUGGAGUACUCGAAGAUAAAGAUAUCAAGCAGAAUUUGAUUCAAAAUUUUAAUUUCAGUGAGCUACUAAUCAAGAUCUACAUUGCAAUUAUUUGUAUUACUGUAAUUAUAUGCGGGAUUAUUACUAUAGCUAACGCCCAGCUCAUCUUACUGCACAUUUGGCUCAACUAUAAGGGGAUGUCUACUUACGAGUAUAUAUUAAAAAAGAGGAAAGCCAAAGCAAGCGUCUCAAGCGAAAACGCAGUCAAAGGAUACUCACUAAAUGAGAUGUACGAGCCUUAUGAAGAAAACCCUGAGUAUUCAAAAGACCAAACAAUGGUAGAAAAUAGCCAGGCACAUCACAAACAAAACCUCUCGUUUGACUCUCAGUCUGAAGCAAAUUUUGAAGAAAGUAUGAAAUUUGAGAAGAAAUGUUUAACAGAAGCUAAAAAUUCACUUGAGCACCAUAGCGCGAACAGACUUGCUUCAGCGUAA